AUGACGGUAAGUGACAAAAACAAUGAGAUGAUGACACAUAGCAAAAUGUUUGAGACCCAAAUUACUCAAUUAGCAAACCCCUUGAAGGAAAGUGCUAGCCCUUCUUCUCUACCCUAUCAAGGGAGUGAUCCUAAGAAAUUGGUCUAUUAUAUCACAACUAGGAGUGGUAAGGUCCUUGAAGAAAGUAUUUCUAGGAAGAGUAAGGAGGGAGAGAAGGUGAGUGAUUUGUGCAAGGAGGAUAAUCAUGAUAUGUCAAGGAGAGAGAGUACAGAUGCAAAAGAGAAAGCGAAGAUUGAAGAAAAUGUGCAAGAGGAUGUGAUCAAACUCAAGCUUCCCUACCCUCAAAAGUUCUUGAGGAGCAAAAUUAAUGAUCAAUUUGGGAUAUAUCUUGAUAUGCUAAAGGAGAUUCAUCUUUCUAUCCCUUUUACUAAUUCUUUGACUCAAAUGCCCAAUUAUUCUAGGUUUCUUAAGGAGAUAUUGAGUGUCAAAAGAGUGUGUAAUGAAGUGGAAUUGGUGGAUGUUGGGGAGUGUUGUAGCGCUUUGAUCCAUAAUGAUUUACCCCCGAAGAUGAAAUAUCUCGGAAAUUUCUCCAUCCCUUGCAAAAUCAAUGACAAUCUCUUUCAAAAUGCUCUUUAUGAUCUUGGGGCUAGUGUUAGCACCGACCGCUAUACCAAGUUUCCCAAGGGGAAAAUUGAAGAUGUUCCUCUCAAGAUAGGAGAUUUCACUAUCCCCGUUGAUUUCAUUGUUCUUGAAAUAGCAGAAGAUGAUAAUAUACCUAUCAUCCUAGGGAGACCAUUCUUAGCUACUUCGGGUGCUUUGAUUGAUAUGAGGGGUGGUCUUAUAACAUUACGUGUUGGUGAUGAUAAAUCGAGCUUUAAGCUUAAGUCAAUGUAUGAAUCUUUGUCCUAUGUGAAGGGUAUUAUGUUUGUCAAUUCCCCUCUCUUAAAUGAUAAUGUUUGCAUGGUUGUGUCUUCCUCUAACGAUGUUUGUGUAGUUCGUGGUGAUGUUUCUUACAAUGUUGAAAGCUAG